AUGGGAUCUUCUGCCAGCAAGCAAGCCAAUGGCCCAACUUUCAAAGAGAAAAUCAAGGCAUCCGUGGAGGAAGAAAUCAGUCGAAAAAUGAUGCAGCAACGAGAAAUCAAUAUGGCCUUGAACAUUGCCAGGGCUCGCGACAUGCUUCAGAUCUACGGUAGCAUUUAUGCGACAGGAGUCACUGGACUUCUCACUGCAAGAAUUGCGGGUAGACCUGUGCCCCACCUGGCCGCCAUUCCAGUGUUGGGAGGAGGGAUCGUGUUGGGCAACAUGUUUGACAUGGCCUAUGGAAACAAAAUGGCUCGAGUCUGCAGGGAAGCAGAGUACAUCCUCGAAAAUGAAAAACCCCGUUUUGUUCCUUUCAAGCAGGCUCCAUUUGCAAGAUUCUACUCGGAUGACGACAAAUCCGUGUUCUUUGAUCAAGCAACACCUGUGGGUGAUCUAUUCCCGAGUAACCUCUAUUCGCGUGAAUAUGCACCGGGUACCCAGCCAGCAGAAAAGAAGUAA